AUGAUUACCGGGAAAGUUUUCAAUUCCAGCAGAACUUGGAACUUGAUUAGAGUGAAAAAAGAUAGAGUUCAUUGGAGUAAAGUAGUAUGGUUUGCUCAGGGUGUUCCAAGGCAAGCUUUCAUCACUUGGCUUGCUAUGAAGGAUCGGUUAUCAACUGGGAGAAGGAUGAGGCAGUGGGGAGUAGAGCAGGGCUGUGAAUUAUGUGGAGAAAGGGAUGAAACAAGAGAGCACUUAUUCUUUGCAUGUCCCUACUCGUACACAGUAUGGGAAGCUUUGGCAAAAGGACUCUUGGGUCGAGGCAUAAAUCCGGAUUGGGACUGGACAGUUCAGCAUUUGAGUGACUACCAUCUAUCAUAUAUGGAGAGAGAGGAAUGGAAGGAGACAUCAAAACCCAAGAACAACUGUAGAGCAAAUGAAGAGAAGAGUAGAAAAGGCUGUGAGGACAAGGAUUGUGUCUUUGAAGUAUACUCAUGA